UAAGUGAAAAUCUACGCAUUGCAGAAGUAAACUGUGAUUUAGGUACCACGAGCUUCUUGACGUGAUCACAAGCAAACUAUCAGUGGAUCCUGUGUCAGAACUGGAGUACGAAAAACUACAGCAGAUUACAUUCGAAAUUUUCCACGAUAUUGGUGGAAUAACGGAUGAUGACCAAAAUUUGGAUUUUGAACGCGAUCCAAGAGAAGAUGAGAUACCCAGGAUUAUAAUGGAACGGAGAGCCCCCGGCGACACUGAAGAACUAGCUGAGGAGCUUACACAAUCCAGUUCGUCUGGAGAAGAGGACACUGCAGUUCAAUGCAAGGAUGAAAGUAUUUGA